AUGAAUUCAUCAAUUCUGGCUUUCGCCCUUCUUGCCUUUAUGCUCGACAAUAAAACUGUUCUCAUCAUCAUUGAAUUAACAAUCGUAUUUUCUAUUCCAAAUGUACCAACGCAAAGCAGAUGUACAAACAUUAUUAGCGGCUACGAUGCGUCAGGUGGCGAUAUAGAUGGUAUUAAUCCAGGAUACGUUCUCAGUGCUGAUGCUUGUGCUGCAUUAUGCGAAUCGAUUUCUGUUUGUAAUCACUGGACAUUUCACACAGACAGUGGCCAAUGUUGUCUCAAGAAUAAAUCAUCAGAAAUCCGAGCCCAUUCUGGUAUGUAUUCAGGCAAUUGUACCAAGUCGAAAUAA